UUAGGAGGCCACAAUGACAGGGCCGGAGAGCAGCAGUUGAUGGCACAUUCUCAUUAUGAACUUCUAGCAUCUGUUGUGAGAAGUAAGCAAGAAGCCAUUGAUUCAAUAUUCUACUCGUACAGUAGAAAUAUAAAUGGGUUUGCUGCUAUUCUCAGCGAAGAACAGGCUCUUGCUGUAUCAAAAUUACCAGAAGUAUUGUCUGUAUAUCCUAACAGAAGAAUAAAGUUGCAAACAACUCGUUCUUGGGAAUUCCUUGGAUUAGAACAUGCAAAUGAACAAGUCCCUCCAGAGUCCCUUUGGAAAAAAGCAGCAUAUGGAAAGGAUGUCAUUAUUGCUACGCUGGAUACAGGUGUAUGGCCCGAAUCUAAAAGCUUCAGUGAUGAGGGCAUGGGUCCUGUCCCUUCCCGAUGGAAGGGAAGAUGUGAGAAUAGCACCAACUUCAGUUGCAACAGGAAGCUGAUUGGAGCCAGAUCUUUCCACAAGGGAUUUGAGGCUGAAAGUGGGCAACUUGAUCUGUCUAAAGUAUCAACAAACAGAACACCACGUGACACAAGUGGGCAUGGCUCCCAUACUCUGUCCACAGCAGGAGGGAAUUUUGUGAAGAAAGCAAGUUUGUUUGGAUAUGGAGAAGGCACUGCAAAGGGAGGGGCUCCUGGUGCCAGACUUGCAAGCUACAAAGUUUGUUGGAGUGAUGGUUUCGGUGAUGAUUCUUGUGCUGAAGCAGACAUUCUUGCAGCAUUCGACCAAGGGAUAUAUGAUGGAGUAGAUUUGUUCUCUGUUUCCAUUGGAGGUUCUCCCUAUGGUCAACUAUUGUUGCAAGAUUCGAUUACCAUUGGGUCACUCCAUGCUGUCGAAAAAGGGAGAGUGGUGGUUUGUGCAGGAGGAAAUGAUGGUCCAAUGCCUGGCUCUGUUGCAAACCUGGCUCCCUGGAUUAUAACAGUGGGAGCAAGUACCAUUGAUAGAACAUUUUCUUCCAUUGUUUUCCUUGGCAACAAGAAGAUAUAUAAGGGAGAAAGCCUAGCUCAGUUAUCCCUAAAAAAGAAAAGAAUGUACCCUCUGAUAUCAUCGACAAAUGCUACACUUCCGGGUGUAGAUUUUUAUGACGGAUUGGCUUGCUCCACGAAAUCGUUGGAUCCUCGGAAAGUUAAAGGCAAGAUAGUUGCCUGCAUUGGUGGCAUAAGUCCAGAUGUUGUAAUGGGUCAAGAAGUUCGUAGGGCAGGAGGAGUCGGCAUGCUUGAUCUAAAUAGUCCAGGAGAACAAAAUUUUCUUUUGCCACAAGCUCAUGUUCUUCCUGCAACAGAACUCACUGCUGAUGAUGCUAUUGCAGUUACCAGUUAUAUAAACUCUACAAAAUAUCCUGUUGCUUACAUCUCUCCUGUGGAAACCAAGUUAAAUAUGAGGCCAGCUCCUACGGUGGCAGCCUUCUCCUCUAUAGGCCCAAAUAUUGUUAUCCCGGACAUACUUAAGCCUGACAUUUUGGGUCCAGGGACCAACAUCCUUGCUGCUUGGUCAGGAGCAGCACCUCCAUCUACCUUCGAUUUUGAUCGUAGGAGGGUUCCUUUUAAUAUAAUUUCAGGCACUUCUAUGGCAACCCCUCAUGUUGCUGGUAUUGCAGCAUUAAUUAAGGCAAUACAUCCUCACUGGAGCCCAGCAGCCAUCAGAUCAGCCAUCAUGACUACAGCUACCAAUAUGGACAACACCAAGAGGAUAAUCAAGGACUUUUUGUUGCAAACCGCGAGUCCUUUCGACUUUGGUGCAGGUCAGAUCAACCCAAAUCAAGCUGCAGAUCCUGGUCUGGUUUAUGAUAUUUCACCAAAUGAUUACUUAACAUUCCUUUGCAGUUUCGGCACCAACUCGAGCCAAAUAAGAAACGAAACAGGCAGACCAUAUCGUUGUCCUCCAAAUAACCAGACAAUUUACAACCUGAAUUAUCCUUCUAUUACAGUAUCGUCACUUGAUGGACCUGUGUUUGUGAGAAGAACUGUGACAUAUGUUUCGAAUGGAUCAGCAACUUUUGAAGGAAAGGUGAGAUCACCUCAUGGAGCUGUAAUAGUACUGAAACCCAACAAGCUUGAGUUUACAAAGACGGGAGAAACUCAAACAUACUAUGUGGUAAUGAAACCCAGGAAGGGUUUUAACUCAACUGAAUAUGGAUAUUUGACAUGGGAAAGUGCUCACCAUGUUGUGAGAAGCCCCAUUGUUAUUUGCGGUAAAAGCACUAACUGCAUAGCCUAGAUGAAUAAACCAGCAUCCAAAUACA